UUGAAAUGUAAUAUUUAUUUAAACUGUUCAGGCGAACAAAACUAAAAAGGAACGGUUAAGUGCUUUGUUCAACCUUCUUGAAGAUAAUCUAUGGCAGCCUAAAAUGGGAAGUUCUCUGUGAAACGUUUUCUUCUGGAUUAUCUACAAUAGCACAGCAUGGGAUGUACAUGUGAAAAAUUAAAACUCAAGACGAAUUAUAAAGUAGGAAAUCAGAGAAAUAAAACGAGUCCUCCGCCACCUAGAGACGACCAGGUUGCUGAAAUCAAACACACAUGGCAAAUAUUAAAAGUACACAUAGCCAAUGUGGGAGUUAUAACAUAUGUUAGCAUGUUUGAGAACCGCCCGGAGCUUAUAGAGAUAUUUGCAAACUUCCGGGGCAGAGAUGUUGGGGAUCUACAAAGAAGCGGCCUUAUCCGCCAACACGCCCUUAAGGUGAUGGGAACUAUCGACAAGUGUAUUUCUAGAAUUGAUGAACCGGACAACCUAGCCAAACUUCUCAUUGAAACUGGGGCCAUGCAUAGGAAAUAUAAUGUUCCUCCAGAUGUCAUACAAAUAAUAUUUCCUCACUUCCUAAAUGCUAUAAAACCACAUAUAGAAGAUUACUGGACAGAAGACAUCGCUACUGCUUGGAAAACCCUCUUCCGUAUUAUGACGCAUUACAUGGAAAUUGGGAUGACCAGAGAUUCCAAUGACCUGUCCACUGGUGACCAAAAAGGCUACUUCAAUCUGCUAAACCUGUUUGCCUAUGGAACACACAGGGACUACAAGGGUAGGGGGACAAUUCCUGGCAUUAAAUAA